AUGGAGGAAAUUAGAAGAGCAAUGCACAAUAUUCCCCUUGCAUUAGCCCUUGCAACUUUGAUCUUAGCAUCCUUCAUGGCCACUGAAGUCAAUGGAUAUCGACCUCUGCACGAUGUUCCUGAAGGUCCUAAUCCUAUUAACAACGGAGAGAGGUUUAACUUCAAGCCUUUGCAAGAUACUCCUGAAGCUCCUUAUCUUAUCUAUGAGGAAGAAAGGUUUAACUUUAAACCUCUGCAUGAUGCACCUGAAGGUCCUGAUCCUAUCCAUAACGAUGCAUACUUUAAGCCUAUGCAUGAUGCACCUGAAGGUCCUGAUCCUAUCCAUAACGAUGCAUACUUUAAGCCUAUGCAUGAUGCACCUGAAGGUCCUGAUCCUAUCCAUAACGAUGCAUACUUUAAGCCUCUGCACGAUGUUCCUGAAGGUCCUAAUCCUAUCAACAACGGAGAGGGGUUUAACUUUAAGCCUCUGCACAGUACUCCUGAAGGUCCUAAUCCUAUCAACAACGGAGAGGGGUUUAACUUUAAGCCUUUGCACGAUACUCCUGAAGGUCCUAAUCCUAUCAACAAUGGAGAGGGGUUUAACUUUAAGCCUCUGCACGAUACUCCUGAAGGUCCUAAUCCUAUCAACAACUAA